UUUAACCCUCCACAAAAGGAAGGAGGACCUUUCCUAUCGGUGCAGCCGAGGUGAGGUGAGCGAGCCCCGGGUCCACUCUGUCCACACCACCCGUGCGUAAAAGGUGGAGGACUCCGAGCGCAGCGAAGGUGUGACGGAUGUAAGGAGCAGGAGCAGAAUUGGCCCCACGGUGCAGCUCGGAUAAUAAGUUCCUGUGAUGGAGUGGCGUGAGCAGUCCACUGUCAGCUGCGACGAAGCCUACUCUGAGGCGCAGAGAUGGGUUGAGGCAGUUACCAAGAAAACAUUUGGGAGCAACGACUUCCGAUCAGCACUGGAGAAUGGCGUUCUGCUGUGUGAUCUGAUCAACAAGAUCAGGCCCGGUGUCGUCAAGAGGGUUAACAGGCUGCCCACGCCGAUUGCUGGACUGGACAACCUCAACGUCUUCCUCAGGGCCUGCGGCAAGCUCGGACUAAAAGAGGCGCAGCUCUUUCACCCCGGAGAUCUUCAGGACUUAUCCACAAGGGUGACAGUCAAGGAUCAAGAGACCAACCGGAGGCUGAAAAAUGUGUUGAUCACCAUUUUCUGGCUCGGCAGAAGAGCUCAGUGCGACAGAUUCUACGAUGGACCUCACCUGAACUUCAAGGCGUUUGAGGGAUUAUUAGGCACAGCUCUCUACAAGGUAAACUUCCCCGAGAGGGCGUUUAA